UGCAAAGACUGUUCUUUCUGUUUUGUUUUCUUGACGUUGUGUCAGAUUCCAGUGACAAAUUAUGUCCUUUUUGUUAAAUACCGGGACCUGAAUACAGCUGUUCCAAAAUCUCACACUUUAAUCUUUAGUAGAUUGCUGUGGUCGGGCAACUGCUGGUUAUUCAUAUCUGCUCUUUUUUUUUAUUUGAGAGUUGUGUUUUAUUUCGGGGGGGGACGGACGGACGUAUGUUCAUUAAAUCUGAGCAUGUCAGGAAAACACUACAAAGGCCAUGAAGUCAGUUGCUGCAUCAAGUAUUUUAUAUUUGGAUUCAACAUUCUUUUUUGGUUGCUCGGAGUCGCCUUCCUUGGAAUUGGACUGUGGGCAUGGAGUGAAAAGGGUGUGCUGUCCAACAUCUCCUCCAUCACAGACAUGGGUGGCUUUGACCCAGUAUGGCUCUUUAUCGUGGUCGGGGGGGUGAUGUUCAUCCUGGGCUUUGCCGGCUGCAUCGGGGCCCUGAGAGAGAACACAUUUCUACUCAAGUUUUUCUCUGUUUUCUUGGGGAUUAUUUUCUUUCUGGAGCUGACUGCAGGGGUCCUGGCAUUUGUGUUCAAAGACUGGAUUAAAGAUCAACUCAGCUUCUUCAUAAACAACAACAUCAGGGCGUACCGUGAUGAUAUUGAUCUACAGAACCUCAUUGAUUUCACCCAGGAAUACUGGGAGUGCUGUGGUGCAUUUGGAGCCAACGACUGGAAUCUGAACAUUUACUUCAACUGCACAGAUACCAAUGCCAGCCGAGAACGAUGCGGCGUGCCUUUCUCCUGCUGCACCAACGACCCUGCAGAGGAUGUAAUAAACACCCAGUGUGGCUAUGACGUAAGAGCAAAACUGGAAUCUGAACAACAAAACUUUAUCUACAUCAAGGGCUGUGUACCACAGUUUGAGAAGUGGCUGAAAGACAAUUUAACAGUAGUAGCAGGGAUCUUUAUUGGAGUUGCAUUAUUGCAGAUUUUUGGGAUCUGCUUGGCACAGAAUCUAGUGAGCGACAUUGAGGCUGUACGGGCCAGCUGCUUGUUCACCUGACGUAGAAUCCCACCAUGAACCUUGAAAACAAGGUCUCUUCAAGCAUGACAAAGCUUUCCAGGCCAUAGAAAUGUCAAGUUCCACAAAUUGAAAACUGUAAAAAGGAAAGUCUGCACUAUUGUUUUACUAUAUGUAUAUAUACUUUUGUAGAAGUUACAUGAUGCCAGUUUUUGAUGACUUUAUAUCAGUGUAUAACACAUUCUGUAACCAAUGUAAAGUCUGUACAUGCACUGCAUGUCUAAAAAACCUUGCCUUUUUUUCCUUGUGUAUUCAAUGACCAAAAAAAAGACUAGUCCCUUACACGUGUCGCCUUUAAGGAUAUCAAAGCAUUUAUAUUUAUCAAGUACCGGUUUACUUACCUUGCCUUUUACCUUGUAAAUGAGUUCCCACCGAUGUCAUGAAGUAUACUGAAUCUUUAUGCUUUCAAGAAGUAAAAUAUAAUCUUAUGUGACAAGUCACAUGUAGAUUGAACCUUGUAUUUGAUUUAGUUUCAGCACCAUUACUUCACCAGCAAGACAGCUUAGUACAGCUAUUUGUAACCCAGGGCACCUGCAGUACUCCUCUCUUUAGCUGCUGCAUUGCAAACCUUUGCAUGCUUGGGGCUGAAGAGCAUCAGCAUUCUCUUUUUUGUCUGCCUCCCUUUGUCCCACCUCCUGGCAUUUUGUAGUCUGGCCUGGCUUUGCAGUUUAGGUUCUCCAUAAAUUAGAUGCCCGGCCCAGCAACUGAGCAGCACGUUUUUCAUUUAUUGGCAAAAUAAAUUACAACAAUUUCUUUCCUGUGGGGUCCUAAUUUUAUCUUAACAUUUGCAAAUGUGAAGGUCAAUGACAGGUGACAAACGCCUUGAAACAAAUAAAGCAGUGCUCUGUAAGGCCUGUGAGGAAAAUCUCACCUGAAGCCUGGCAGCACCAUGCUCGACUGCUGUCAUUCACCUUUCAGGAAUACUAGGUUGACAAGCACCCAAAAACAAAUGAAGAAAAGUAAACCGAAGCCCUAAAAGCAAAACCCAUCAACAUUAAGUAUACCUACAUAUUCUCAAAAGGGUAACUAAACUGUCUAUUCUUUAGGUUAAAAUUGAACCAUUUGAGCAUCUUCUGGGAACCAGAAUGAUACAUUAGCUUUAAAUAUGCUUCCGAAACAGGGAAUACAUUGUAAAUGAUGCUAUAACCAAAAGGUCCCUCUAAGAGAUGAUGUGUAUUGAGGAAGGCAAAGUUACCUUUUACUGUAAUUGAGAAUAGGUUGCCUAAUAGAAUUGUUUGGUUUUUGAACUUUGCAAAUGGUAAUCCACUUUGUUACUAACAUUUCAGUAUAAUUUAAAAGCAUUUGAGAUCAGUAUUCACAAUCUAAAAAUGUUAUGACCUAUGUGAGAGAACUGGAGUUUUAUGCUGUUACCAUCCCAUUAUGUUAAGCAAACUGUAUUUUUAUUUUUUUUUCUUGUUAUGCCGUAUAAUGUGUUCCCUUAUGUAAAUCCUCUUAUAUAUGCAGGUUUUGAUGGCUAACAAAACAUGUUUUAUUAAAACAAAAGUGGUGUGUUAAUGGAAUGUACUUUUUAUUUCUGAUCAUGAUCCGAUUCAGUGUUUAUAACAACUGUAACUUGUGUUUUGACCGCAUGUUGAUUUCACGUAGAUUCAAUAACCCGUGUGCAAUGACAAGCAUUCGGUGAUAGUCAGAUGUGUGUAUGAGUGGAUCUGAAUACUGAGUCCUCACAGGCCUGGUAUAGUACUCACCUGACAAGAUUCUUACAUCUGCAAACAUAGUAGAACCAGAACAGAAGACAAAAACUUACACAAAAAAAAAAAAUUGUUUGACUACUUUAUUGUAUAAUUUUAGGAACUGUGAUUAGUUUUUUGACAUUUCAAAAAGAGCAAGGCCAGUGAAAGGGGGCAGAGGUGCAAUGCGGUACUUUUCCAGAUGAGGGCUCUAUUGGAGCUCUUAAAGUGCACAAUCAUAAUCAUACUCCCUGCCUCCUCUGCCUGUUCUCUAGGUUAUAGGCACUACAUCCCUAUGUGGAUUAGACGUGGACAGCCUGCGAGCAAUGUGGCUAAACACUGUUACAUCAUCAACUGGACUACAACAUGCACAUCUUACUAUGUGGCAUUCAAGCAACAAAGGAAGAGUUGGACACUUGAUGGGAUGGGAUUGUUUUUUUUUUUGUUGUUGUUUUGGCAGAUUCAUAUCACAGCAAUGGUCUAAAAAGUUACAUUUUAAAAUUUAUGAAUGUUACCUACAGUAUAUUUUUUGUUUUUGUUUGAGUUAACUGCGCAGACCUGUUUAUGCAUGCACAAGUUAUAUAAAG